CUCUGCAAUAGUUUCAGGCGUCAGCAACGCCUGGGCACAGGAAGAUCUUUGCAUAACGACAGUCUUAAUUCAUUAUUUUGUAACCAUAGCUAGCUAACAUCGGUAUGGCCUAACUAGGCAGCCUGUCAUGCCAGUAGAACCCGUUUAACGUUUUACUCAUUUUCUAACGUUAAUCAGUCACUGCAAGUGAUUUCAAAUACGGAUUGUUCAAUUAUUGAACUGGAAUCAAACUAGUUAAUUAAUUCAAUGUAACGUUAUAUCCUAUGUGCCCGCUUGAAGCUCUGUCUUGGCGGAAGCUCUGUCUAAAAACGCAAGUACGCGUCGCAAGCGAUACAGUUUUGGAAAAAAUAUGGAACGUAACUUUGAUAUCAGUGAAAAAUAAUUUUCUAAACACAAAAGGUUAAAUAACUAUAGACUUUAUGGCUAGCGUUCCUACACGGCCAUAUUUCCAUUUUACAUCGCUUGUUUACAAAGUCGGCGACUACCUGUGCUAAUUAGAUAUCGGCAUCUCUGAACACCUGUGUGUAACGGAAGGAUGCCACAAACAUGUUGUAACUGAAAAAUUGUCAACUUUCAACUGUGUAAAGCUGCAACCGAACUCUGAGCCAUGUCGUCACGCGUGUUGCUUCGGCAGCAGCUGAUACGGGAGCAAGCCCAGGAGCAAGAGAGACAGGAGGCCCAGGAGCAGGCCUCUGUGGCUCAGCUCAGGGCAACUGACUCCACCCCUGCUAACGCUGUCACUCUGCCUCCAAUAGCUGCUCGCCCUCUUUCCGCACAGUUGCCCGUGGAGGUUUUGAAGGUGCAGACCCACCUGGAGAAUCCCACCAAGUUUCAAAUCCAGCAGUCUCAGAGGCAGCAGGUGAAGCAGCAUCUCUCUGCCACCCUCUGCAAUAAGGUGGCAAUUCAGACCCUGGGUGUGUCUCCCCUGGCCCUGUCUAGCUCUGCCUCUGAGAUGGAUCCCAGCUCCAUGGCUUUACACAACCUGGGAUCCAACAAAGAGGAGCUCCCCUGGAACCUCCUGGAAAUGAACCAUAGUCCUGGAAUGGCAGCACCUACCCUCACUGUCAGCAACUCCUGCCCUGCGGAUCUAACCAAUAUUAAAAGGGAAUACUCUGAUGCAGAUAACAAAGCGUGGGUGAAAGAGAGACAGAAGAAAGACAACCAUAACCUCAUUGAGAGGAAGCGGAGGUUUAACAUCAAUGACCGCAUAACAGAGCUGGGGUCCAUAAUACCCAAUUCAAGGGACUCGGACAUGCGCUGGAAUAAGGGCACCAUUCUGAAGGCCUCAGUGGACUACAUCAGGAAGCUGCAGAAGGAGCAGCAGAGAGCCAAGGAGGUAGAGAUGCGUCAGAAGAAGCUGGAACAUGCUAACCACUGCUUGAUGCUGCGCAUCCAGGAGUUGGAAGUGCAGGCUCAGCUUCAUGGACUCUCCAGCCCGAUGUCCUAUGGUCUGAGUUCAGACCCCUCCUUCCUCCAGCAGCAGCACCUUCAGCAGGGAGGUCAUAUACUUGGGCCCAGAACUGGAGUGGCCUGCUCCCAAACCUUUCUCAGCCUGGGUGAUGCAGCCAUGGCACAACCCAUCCCUACCUCCUUCCUCUCUCCACCCUCCUCUGACUCCCCUGUGGGUGUGACCAUAGGCAGCCCCCUCGACCUGGGCAGUCUGCGCUUUGCCGAGCUGGAUGACCCCUCCAAUGCUGGGCUGUUCCCAGGCGUGGGGUUGGGGGACAUCGUCAUGGAUGAGGGGUGCACACGGUCCCCUGAGAGGGUGGACCCACUGUUUUUUGUGUCACCAGGUGCCUCAAAGACCAGCAGUCGUAGGAGCAGCUUCACCAUGGAGGAGGACUUGUAAAGGGUCUUAUUAGGGUUGAUUGAGAGAGAAGGGAUUUAGGGAAUGAGAGGGCUAGGGAAGGAGGAGGAGCACAGGAAAAUAAGAGCCCCCAGUUAAAACACUGCAUAUGGCACUGGACUCUGCUUUAAAACAAACAACCAACCGUUUAACUAAACAGGACUUUGAUCUGAAUCAUGCAUCAGUACAAAAUAAAUGACAAUCCUUUCCUCUCUUACCAAGUUAAUAUCGGUCCCUGAUCUUAGAAAAAGAAAACAAAAGCUUUUCGGUACAUGAAUCAAUAGUAAUGCAAUAAUUUUCAAAUAGAAAAUAGUCAAAUUAGUUUUUGGAUAUGGACUAUGGACAUCGAUUUUUGCUCUGUUUCUUGCAAGCCUCAACUCAACCAAGAGUUCCUUGUAGAGAAAUUAAAGAGGAAAUAGUGGUGGGUUAGUCAAGUACAUUAUUGGUCCUUAUAGAGUGUACUUUGUGCACUUUGCAACUUUUGUGGGAGCAAUGAGGUUCUUGUAUCUAUUUAGUGAAACUGGCAUGAACUACAUAACGGGUGUGCUAUUGAAUUGAGAUAUUUUUUAACUGACUUGAAUCAGGAUUUGUUAGCAUAAAGUCUAUGUCUAUUUUUACACAUCUCAGAAGGUUUGUCUAACAGAAAAUGUACCAAAGUAGUAUUUGUUAAAUAUAUGGCACAUAGUGUUUGUGAUAUAAAAAAAAACAUCUUUGAUGACCUGUAAAAACAAAAAAAAUCUAGAUUUACUGUAUCUUACAUUUACUUUCAAAACAUGUUGUUGUGACUUUUCCUGUUGUCUAUGCAUUUACUUUUAACGCUUUUGUCUGUUGAAUGGUUGUACAGCUGGUCAGUAACUCAACUAACAAUGACCAAGAGAAGGAGAGAAGUAAAACAAAAGCUACUGCAGCUAGUUAGCCAAAGCAGGUCACCUUUCACAGAAUGGUAAUAUAUUUAAGUCAUUAUAUGGGUGUGUUAUAUAUUGUUAUAUAGUAAAUGGACGUAUGGCUUUAACGUAUGUUAAUCUCUGAAACACUGCAUGCUACAUGUGUGUUUGUGUUGCAAAAACAUGUACUGGGUUGUGUGCAGUAAUCUAUUUCUGAGAUGGUCAUUUGUGAUGAUAUGAUAAUGUUGAAUAAGAUUUAUAUAGCUGGUUUCCAAGGCCAAGUCACAUGGACUUGGCCUCUAACUCUUUUCUUAAAUUUUUUCAAUAUUUUUUUUACCUAAAUUUAACUAGGCAAGUCAGUUAAGAACAAAUUCUUAUUUUCAAUGACUGCCUAGGAACAGUGGGUUAACUGCCUGUUCAGAUUUGACCUUGAACCUUUAAGUUACUAGUCCAACGCUCUAACCACUAGGCUACCCUGCCGCUACUUCCACUACUUUUUCCUUAGUCCUCUAAUCUGAAAAUGUGUAUGGUCAUGGGACUGUCUAACAUUCCCCAUGUUUUUCCCAGAGACUGAAAUCUGUAUAUGAUUAUUAUCACUCCUCUAGCCUUCAUACUCUUUCUUUAAUUUGUAUUGACAAGCUUUUCAAAGAAAAGUACAUUCAUUACCUGUAUAUGUUUAGGAAUCUGUUUCCAUGUCUGUUUUAUCUAUUGCCAUUGAUGCUUCCCAGAUGCUUGUCAUUCUUGAAACAAUUGUGCCUUUCCUCCAUGUCAAGGAAGAUCCCUGCAGUGUACUCUCCUAACACAGGCUUUUUUUAAUGGAGAUGAAAAUGUUUGAGACAAACAAUGCAAUAUCUGUCUGAUUUAUCUGUUUCUAAUGCAAGUUGUAGUGUUUGUUCGUGUCAAUUAAUCCCUUAAAAGAUGGGUUGCCAACUGGCGAUUUGACACAUACAAUUUCAUUUUUUCAUUCAUUGUCUGUGACUUGAAUGUAGCUGUGGUUUGAUAUGAGAUCCUAUAAUUUGAAUAAUUUAGAAAAAAUACAUAUUUUUGUUCUGAUUUUCAGUUAUGGUUCUGCUUUUACUGGAAUGCAAACCUCUAACAGCCUUAAAGGGAAUAUAUUGUUGUUUGACACUUUUUAUAUUUGAAUGUGUAUUGAAUUACUAGCUUUUUCUAUGCUCAGAUAAGUAACCUGUCUAAAUCUACACUAUUAUCUGGUGUGUUUUUUUUUUUUUUUUUACUAAAUAAAAAUCAGGAAAAAA